AUGAAGAAGAAGCCCGAACCAACGCGCCCGGAGUUCUAUGGGGCGCCAGCACUCAGCUGGGGCGGCUGGGGCGGCUGGGGUGGCUGGGGCGGCUGGCUACAUAGCCAUGAUGAGGAUGGGCUUCUCGAUGACAUGGGCGAUGGGAAUCCCCUGGUUUCGCUGAUCUCGCUCUUCUUCACCGUGGGAGUGCUGAUGGUUCUCCGGCACGAAUUCCACAAGAACGGGGGCCGCAUCACCUUCCAGGUGAUCAAUGCAUUGAUUGUGGAGCUCCUGAACACUUUGUUCACCAGCUUGGCGACGUGGCUGACGGACCGUGAGAAUCAUCGGUCCUACUCGGAGCAUGCGAACCAUUUGUUGGCCAAAAUGGUGGUGUUCAAAUUCAUCAACUGCUAUGUGUCCUUGUACUACAUCGCCUUCUUGAAGGAGCAUUCCUACUUGUUUGGCGUGCCCAUGACCUGUGUCAAUGAUGAUUGUCUCAAUGACUUGGGCGCACAGCUAGCCAUCUUCAUGCUUAUGAGGCUAACUUUGCAGAACAUGAUUGAACUCGGGGGUCCGUAUGCGAUGAUGUGGUACCGUCGAAUGACCGAAGAAUCCGCAUUCAACUUCGAUGCCACCUUGUUCACGAACCCCAUGACCAUCAUGCCGGAUCUCUCUAGCCCAGAGAAGCAGAGCAAGAAAGAGGACUAUGACGUCUACACAGAUAUGGAUGAGGUCUUGAUCCUCUAUGGCUACUCGGUGCUGUUUGUGGUUGCUUGCCCGUGGGUGCCCCUCAUUGCCAUCAUCAGCUUGGUGCUGGAGUGCUUCCUGGACCAGAAGAAGCUGGUACUGCUGUACCGCAGGCCGUUUCCAGAUGCGGCUUCCAACAACGAGCCUUGGGAUACAGCCUUUGAUGUUUUCGGCAUGUUGGCUAUGGCCACCAACACCGCCGUCAUCGUGUUUUCGUCCAAUGUCUUUGCGGGGUGGAACCACUUCCACAAGAUCCUGCUCUUCAUGGUGGUCGAGCACGCCAUGAUUGGCUUCAGGAUAUUGAUCUCCACUCUCUUCCCAGCCAUACCACACGAGGUGCGAUUGCUGGCAAUGCAGCAGCAGGUGAUGGUGCACAGGCACUUGAAUCUCGGUGGUGAAGAAGACAGCCACGAGACUCGCGCCAGUGCAAUGAUGGCCACUGCACAGCCGCCACCCAUUGUGCACGAUGGAGAUGAGGAGGAGGUGAGCCCAGCAUUGGUGGAUGAAAGCAACAUCCAAGGUCAAUAA